GUCGGUGCACAUUUCCAUGGCUAUAUAUGCAAGGCUCCCCUAUGCCCAGCUCAAAGCAAGCCAGCACAGCUCAAAGCCUCGUAUACAAGAGCUAGCUAGAAGCGAUUGUAGCUACUAAUUGAGCUCACUAGCAUUGGCACUAAGCUUGAUGGAGCAGGUGACGAAGCUAGCGGGGCAGCGGGCGGUGGUGAUCUUCGGCAUGAGCUCCUGCUGCAUGUGCCACACCGUGACGAGCCUCCUCCGCGAUCUCGGGGCGAACCCGACGGUGGUGGAACUGGACGAGGACCCUUGGGGAAAGGAGAUGGAGAAGGCGCUGGUGCGGCUCAUCGGCCGGAACCCUGCUGUGCCGGCGGUGUUCAUCGGCGGCAGGCUCGUCGGAUGCACCGACAAGGUCAUGUCCCUUCACCUCAGCGGCAAGCUCGUCCCUCUGCUUCGUAAUGCAGGUGCUAUCUGGGUGUAGUGCAUGGGAGGGGUUUGUAGAUAUUCGGCCGCAUGCAGCUGACACGGGACAAUAAUAAUAUAUACACGUAACACGUAUGCUACGUGUUCUGUCAUCUUGUAUCAGGUGAUGACGAAGACUAAGGCAAAUGCUAGUCAUUUUCUUUUCACUGCACAAGGGACGUGUCCGGUCAUGGUGUUACAGAAUGUAAUAACUAGUUUCCGGUCACAAAGACAUGUAAAAUAUCAUGCAAAGUUUCGAUAAUUCAACCCAGAGGCCGGGCUCAGAUGAGCCCGAUGAACAGUACCAUGAUUUAAAAAGGAAAGAAGUUCAAAAAAUUCUAUUUUUUUGUGGUGCAAGAUGCUUCUCUGCGUGAACUCCGUGUAAAACUUUGUGAAGUUUGGACAUUCGUGGAGCUCGUGGCAAAAAAGACAAAGUCAGACGUGAACAGUGCGAUUUUCAAAAGUUUCUCAGACAUCCGAAGUUUGUCUUUUUUGCCACGAGCUUCUGGAAUGUUCAAACUUCACAAAAUUUUGCAUGGAGUUCACGCAGAGAAACAGCUUGCACCACAAAAAAAUUUAAUUUUUUUGAACUUUUCCCCUUUCAAAUCAUAGUAUUGUUCAUGCCCGGACUCAUAUAUGAGCCCGGGCACCAAAUCAACGCUCUCGCAAAGUUUCUGAAAUAGCAAGGGCACAAUAAUAAUGAAACAUGAGGUUCUGUCG